GCUGGGUGGUCGUUCAAUUUGAAAAGUCCUCAACAAAUUAACCUUUCCUUAAAAAGACCAAAUAAAAAUUCAUAACUAAUAUGCAAUAACUUGGUCGUCUAUUUAUACAGCUGGUGGUUGGUGUUCAUCUUUUAAUCACCCAAAUGGAUCUAAUUCCCUUGAAAGAAACACCCCUAUUGGAGUACAUACACAAAAAAUGCAUGCUUACAAAUUUAGCAGUUGGGGACGUUAUUAAAUGGAUAGACAAAACGUUAGUUGGGAUGGAUGGCAAAGACAAGGCAACGUGAGUUAGAAUAAUUUAUUGUCAUUUAUUGUUGCAUUUAUUGCUGUUUUCUCCAAACUUGCAUGAAAACAAAAAUUAAUGAAGAUAAUGGUUAAUUAGUAUGUUGCUUAUAUACACAGAUUGCAGACGAGAUAUCAACAUCAAUUAUUAAGCAUUAAUUAACAAAGAAUUGGUUUGAUCUUAAAACGAGAUCAGAUAUGAUAAUAUCUCAGUUAAAUUCUACCACAUUAUUCAUGCUACUGUUGGCGACACUCCUUUUCUCCAUCACAGCCGCACAUUCUGGUUUUCGCUCUGCAACAUCAAUAUAAAUGCAUCACCAACGCUCCAAAAUUUUGUGGUGACUCUAGCAACAGGUUAAACAAACAGAACAAAACAAUGGAGGUGCAUGAGAAGGGUGACGCCCCAAGGAAGAGCCUCUCAGAGUUGCAGUUUGUGACUGCAAUGAGCGUGCCACCGCUCAAGGUGACAGAGCCACGGCGAGUUCGCAAAGUUUUGGUCAGUGACGAGCACACAAACGCCAUCCACGGAUGCUACCAGAUGGUUCUAUGCUACGAGAAUCUGAAGGAGGAUGAUCAUGGUUGGUACAUGGCUGGUUGGAUGGUGGAGUCACUGGCCAGGGUUCUGUUGAAUCAUCCUCUUCUCGCAGGUCGCCUUCAAAGAAAAGAUGGCACAGGGUUCGAAAUCGUGGCCAAUGAUUCCGGUAUCAGACUUUUAGAGGCAUGUUACCCGACAAGCUUGUCACACUUUCUUGAGCUGAACGAAAGAAACCAACAUCUCAAGACCGAGCUUGUGUUCUGGAAGGAAAUCGAUGCUGAGUGUCCUCAGUUCUCUCCCCUUUGUUAUGUUCAGGUGACAAAUUUUGAAUGUGGAGGGUACAGUAUUGGCAUUAGUUGCAGCCUGCUACUGGCAGAUGUUUUUGUGGUGGACAAUUUUCUCGGGAAAUGGGCUGAAAUACACAAGAACAUGUCAGACCAAAUUCGAGAAAUUAAGACACCCGUAUUUUACCACCCACCCACGAAAAAGUCGGAGUCUUUUCCAUUAAUUAACCGUUCCGAGAGUGAAAGUAAAAGUGGGGUUAAGAGAUUGGUGUUCAAAAUCAUUACAGAGGAGAUGUGGAGGAAAAUGGCGAUGGAAGCAGAAGGGAAGGUAGAGAGUGAACUGGGUUCAGAAUUUUGUUCAGAGGUGAUGAAAGUUGAAAGUUGGUCGAUGAAUGAGAGAAUGAGAUUGAAUGAGAUGAGAGAGUUUGGAGUGCAGGAAGUGAGAUUUAAUGAGGAAAACAAACCUAUUCAUGUUUGUUGUUGGAUUGAUUAUGUGAGGGAUGAACAUGUUAUGACAGUGGCACUCCCCAACCUCAAGAACAAUUCAUGUGCUGUCAUUCUAGUUUCACUGUGUUAGGAUUCAUCAAACUUUAAUCUA